AUGCGCGUGAAAUUCCAGGCACCGUGGAACAAGGACCGCCGACGACAUGAAGGUCGAAACAUUGAGAUUCUGAAGCUUUGCGAUGAAGUUCCGGCACUUCCUGAGGGGCCACCGGUGCCUGCUCUCGGGGAACCUGAACAAUACGAGCCUCAUCCAGGCCUUAAGUACUUCUGCAAGAUGUGGAAGUUGAACAGUGCAAUGGAGUUCUGGCUUCAGAAGCUUCAUCCUGAUGUUCAAGAGGCACUCAUCGACGAAUACGAUGAUUCAACAGUUCCAGCUGUAUUGCCAGCAGAUGAGGAGGUCCGGUUAUAUCCAUCCUCUUCAGUGGCAGUUGGCGGCAUCCACCGCAACAUAACGAAGGAGGUCCUGCGCAGACUCUUCAGCCGCUUUGGGAGAGUGAGGAGCCUUCAGUUUGUUGGAACAACAGCUGUGGUCGAGAUGAGUAGUGAGGAGGAAGCUGCUAUAGCUGUCCAAGACAUUCUGCUCUCACUCGAUUGGCCAGGUGCACUUGUCGUGUACUUCUUCCAUCAGAUACCGCCAGUGUCCAUCCACGAAAUACCAGAGGGUCAGCGCAUCUUCGGCACCGUUAAGCAAUGGAACUCGAAGAGUCGGACCGGCUGGAUUACUGUGAAUGGAACAGGCCCUGACGUAACAGUGACCAGCAACUGUUUGGAAGAUGUGGUCACCUUGAUCCCAGGCGCGCCAGUUCUCUUCAAGAUGGGAGCUGCGUACAGUGAUUCCUGGAACAAGCACACAGUCCAGUGUUGCAUGGGCGACCGAGAAGCUAUUCGUGAGCACUUGAGCGCCAACUUCGGCACAGACUGCGCUGUGCGCCACUGGGCGCGGUCGCUUCAGCAUAAGCUCCAGAAAGGCUCAGCAGACAUUUGA